CUUUCUUGUAUCCAUCCCUCCAGUGAACUCAAUGACAGCAUUGACAAUGGACUGGAAUUUCCCAGUGUACUUUUUCCUGAUGUCUGUAUCUUGGUCAGUGAUGGGUUUCAACAUUGAUCCAAAUCCAUGGAAAGAUUUCACCCACAACCCAAACACAGCCUUCGGCUACAAAGUGAUACAGAAAAACGGCUUGAGAUUGAUUGUGAGUGAUCCCUUAACCCAAAGUCGGAAUGAAAGAGGGAAAGUGUACAGCUGUGAUGUUGCACAAGAAAAAUGCUCAGAAAUACCAAUGAAUGUGCCUUCUGAGGCUGUCAACAUGUCCCUUGGACUUUCAAUGACUAAAGAUCCUCAGUCUUCAAAGCUAGUGGUCUGUGGUCCAACAAUUCCCAAGGACUGUAAGCACUUUACUGCCUACAAUGGCAUGUGUUUUACAUUGGAUAACAACAAUAAUCAAUCAGGACCUAUACCAAGUACUUUGAGAGAUUGCCAACAAACAGACAUUGCUUUCUUGUUGGAUGGCUCUGGCAGUGUAUCCUUUAGGGAUUUUAAUAUAAUGAAGGAUUUUGUUAUAAACAUGGUUAACGGCUUAAAAGACAGGGAUUUUCAGUUUGCAGUGGCACAAUAUUCUACAACCUCUGAAAUACACAUAAAAUUCAAUAGCUUUUCAAGCGCUGCUCAAAUAAGAAAUAUCAUCCAGUUUAGGGGUCUUACCUACACUGCUGCUGCUAUCAAAAGAGUUGUAGCUGAAUUAUUUACCAGUGAGGCAGGGGCCAGAGAAAAUGCUAACAGAGUGUUGGUGGUCAUCACUGAUGGUGAAUCACAUGACCGCGAUCAGCUGGGAAAUGCUGCUCAGGAUGCAGAGCAGAAGAAAAUUACUCGCUAUGCUAUAGGGGUCGGUAGUGCCUUCAACAGCCUAUCAGCAGAGAAUGAGUUGAAAACUAUUGCAUCGGAUCCAGAUGAUAAAUAUGUAUUUAAAGUGAAUGACUUUUCUGUAUUGAAGGAAAUUCGAGAGACACUGGAAGAGAAUAUCAUUGCAAUUGAGGGAACCCAGACUUCAGGAGAAUCCACCAGGAUGGAAUUUGCACAGGAUGGCUUCAGCGCAGACUUUGUUUCAAGUGGUGACAUAAUAAUGAGUGCAGUUGGAGCAUAUCAGUGGAAAGGCGGUUAUCAGAAGUACAAUUCCAGAGGAACACCUGUAGACUCCUUUCAGAAGGGCAACAGUAAUGACAGUUAUUUAGGUUAUUCCAUGACAGUAGCAAAAACACCCAGGAAGUCCUACAUCAUCAUUCAGGGAGCUCCAAGAGAUAAGCACAUGGGGAAUGUGAUCAUGUCAGACAAUGCAGGCAAUCCUAUUCAGACACUGGAUCCUCCUGAGCCCCAAAUUGGUGCCUAUUAUGGUGCUGAGUUAUGUGUGGUGGACUUGGAUUUGAACAGCGUCACAGACCUUCUACUUGUUUCUGCUCCACUGCAUCAUGAGGGAGAUCAGGAAGGAAAAGUCUUCGUCUACACCUUUGAUGAGUCCAAGGUAACUCACAAACAGACACUGAAAGGAAUUCCAGGACAAAGGGGGAGGUUUGGCCUGACGAUGGCCAGCCCUGCAGAUCUAAAUGGGGACGGUCUGGUGGAUAUAGUGGUAGGAGCACCUCUAGAGGAGAAUGGCCAGGGCAGCAUCUACAUCUUUAAUGGAAGAAAGGCAGACAUUGCCACCACCUUCUCACAGAGAAUCAGAGGCUCGUCUGUGCGCACUGGGAUAAAAUUUUUUGGUUUUUCUCUGAGUCAAUUAGCUCUGGACCAUAGUGAAGACCAGCUGCCAGAUCUUGCUGUCGGUUCCAAAGGAUCAGUCAUACUUUUAAGAUCGAGACCCAUCGUGCGCUUGUGGAACACAGUAACUUACAACCCGUCCAAAAUCCCCACCAGAGACACCGAGUGCACGAGUCCUUUGAAAAACACACUACAAUUGUGUUUCAGUAUGAAAGGAUUAAAUACCGCCACAGAAGACUUGACUGCAAAUAUAAACUAUACAAUAAAACUUGAUGCCAAACGACAAAGCUACCGGGCCUACUUUUCACAGAAGAACCGUGUUCUAAUUGGCACGAUAUCUGUGUCGCUGCAGGAGAAGUGCAAUCAGCAUGAAUUUUUUAUAGAGGCCUGCCCCAAUGAUGCACUCAACCCAAUAUCUAAUGAGUUAGUGUAUACAUUUGAGGGUCUCCCUAGUCAAAAACUGAAAAGUUUACGGCCGAUGCUGCCUCCUAACAUGAGGAACACCUCAGAUCAUAAUCUGGAUUUUGAAAUAAACUGUGGAACCGAUAAUGUCUGCAUUGAUAAUCUCAAAGUGGAUUUUAUCUUUUCUGGAUACUCAGUCAUACAAGUUGGAAUAAUGCAGGAAAUGAAUGUGACUGUCUUCAUAGAGAACAGAGGGGAAAAUUCCUACAACAGUCGAGUAAUUCUGAAAUACCCGUUUGGACUUUCCUUCAGGAGAUUCACUACUAAACAGGGCAGACUGGAGUGUGUAUCUGUGGAUAGUGAUGAAAAAGCUGCACUGGGGGAGACGACUUGUCUCAUCAGUAAACCCAUCUUCAAGAAUAAUGGCUUGGCUAUCUUCGAUGUUACAUAUAACAUAAACAAAGACAGUAACUUUGACAGGAUGGUGACAUUCACUGCAUCUGCUUCCAGUGACAAUGACAAACAUGCACCUGACAAUGAACUAUUCAAAAACAAAACCAUUGAUGUUAAAUAUGCCAUCUACAUUGCGUUGAUCAGGCAUGAGAAUUCCACUAUCCACAUUAAUUUUACUUCCGGGAAAAAUGACCUUGCGAAACCAGUCCACCAAGUAUUCAAGGUGGAGAAUGACCUCAGGGAUUUGAGUGUCAACAUUUUCAUCAGAGUACCCAUAAAAUUAGGAGUUAAGGACAUCUGGACUAAUAACAACUUGCAGAUUCAAGGCUGCAACACAGACAAAGAUGAGCCACCAACAAUCCAUGAUUUUGUGGCAGCUCUGCAAAAACAACCUGAUGUGAAUUGCUCCGUAGCUGUGUGCAGAGUGUUUAAAUGUCCUGCAAAUCUCAUUAGAAAGCAGACAAAAUUCUACACCAUCUCUGGUGAUGUCAGCUCUGGAUGGAUUGAACAGACCGGAUUGCGAUCAGCAGUGUUCGAGCUGGUCAGUACAGCAACACUGGACUAUAACAAAACGACAUAUAUCUACUUCUCUGAUUCUGUAAACACUGCACCUACUGGCAAGAUUAAUACCCAGGUGGAGGUGUAUGAGGAGAAAUUCCCACUUAAGGAGACAAUUGGAGGUGUUGUAGGAGGUCUUGUGCUUCUGGCUCUUAUCACUGCAGGCCUCUACAAGGCUGGGUUCUUUAAAAGCAACUAUCAGAAGAUGUUGGAGGAAGCAGGGGCUCAGGGAGCCGGAGAAAGCACAAAUGCUCUAAGUGAAGAGUGAUCACUCUGCUCUACAAUUUGAACAUUAACUGCAAAGUUACGUUUUAUCUUAUGUGUAGUGUAAGGUGUCAGAGUCAGGUGUCCCUAACCCUGAGAUAAUUUUCAGGAGCACACCGUGCCAUUCCGAUUAUUCACAAAGUCCUCACUUGCAUAUGGGGGAAAGUACAUUAACAGACAUUUUGACUUUUGGUAUAAUUGGCAAUUUUCAUAGAAAUAGAAAACUUGCUUAGAACUUAGAGCGUUAACUUUCAUUAACUUUCUCUUAUAGCUGCUGCAGCUUAUAGUAAUGUUUAGACAAGCUUAGAAUACACAAUCAAGUAGAAAGGUUGGCAUGCUGUAUUCACCAACAUGCAUAUUUAAUUAUUAUUUGCUGUAACUAAAUGGGUUCUGCUGGCAAGAUCUGAUAUGACAGUGUGCAAACUUUUCAUAUAAAAUGUUAUGUUACAUGCACACAGACGUCACCCUUUAAAUGGCAGAUACAGAAACGAAGAAAAUGUCAAAGAGGCACGUAUGAACUUUAGUUAUUGAAAUGUGUUCAGACACUGACUGGUGAUUUGAGAUCCCAUUUUAAUAACUGAAACUCAUAUUUGCUCAUAGAGUAAAACCUAUUUUGUCGCAUUUUGAUGUCUAUGAUGCUGGAUUAUUUCUUAAGAUAAUUAAUGGCGUUAAUUAUCUUUGUUGUAUUGCUUAGACAUGCUAAAAAUAUAGCCUAAUGUGUAAUGAUGGAAAGCCAUAGUCGCAAUAUUUUUAACAUUUCUUUUAAGCCCUGUAAACAGUAAUAUAGUCUGUUGACUUUCAUUUAAUAUAUAAACAGUUCACCUUUAAAAAGCGCUACACUAAAUUACAUUUACUUUGCAUUCGUACUUUGUAUACUUACUAAUAAGUGUAAUAAGAUGUAAAUAAGACAGCGAUUGGUACAGAUCUCAGCAGAUUAAUGAUAUAGAUUGCAAUAAAGAUCCGGGGCUUCGUGUUAAAAACAAUGCACUAGUUUUCUUGCAGAGCUUGUGAUGUAUAAAAAGUAACCAUGAGAAGUAGUGAUGUGUUGUUUGUGAAAGAGUUGGUUCUUUGAGACGGCUCUUUUAUAUAAGAGCUAACUCAUAUAUAUUAUAAUCCUUUAUGUCUUUUUCUCGAUGUAGGCAAUUCCACUUCUCUUGCAGUAUAAUUUAAUCAAAUUGCUUCCAUGGAAACCUCUUUUUUAACAUGUGAACCAUUUGUUAGCCUGAAUGCUGAGACGUGUCAAUGUAUGAAAUCAGCAUCUGCACUGGUGCUUGUUGAAGAUGUACUAUAUGUAGUCAAGUGUAAUUGUGGAGGUGAUCAGUUAUUAGGAUUACUGGGUACAAUAAUAUUAAUGCAGGAAUGCUUACUGUAUUCGUUAAUGAUUUUAUAAUAUACAGUGUGAACAAUUUCAGCCGAAUUUAGGAAAGGAAGAACAAUGCCUGAUCAAAAGAUUGGUAACAAACCAUUUGGGUGCCAAAAUAGCCGACUUUCUUUGGUGAGCUGAGACAAAUAAUCUGACUCACUGAAAAAGAGCCAGAAUUCCCAUCGUUAGUGGAAUAUGAUGUUGGCCCAAUAUUAAACUGUAGACCACACUGCUGAUUUUGUCAUUUAGCACCACCAAAUGGUUGACAUUAUUAGAGAUUUAUACUAAGUGGUCAAAUGCAUGUGGACACCUUGACAUCACACCCAUAUGCAAACCUUUCCCAAACUGUUGUCGCAAAGUUAGAAGUUAGAAACUUGGACUGCACAGAGCCCUCAGCUUCACCCCACUGAACACAUUUGGGAUGAAAUGGAAUUCUGACUGCACCUCAGACUUCCUCACCCAGCAUUAGCGCCUGAUCUCACUAAUGUUCUAACUGCUGAAUGAGCACAAAACCCCAAAGCCACAGUCCAAAAUCUAGUGAAAAGCCUUCCCAGAAGACAGGAGGCUGUUAUACCUGAAAAAUAGACUAACUUCAUGGGAAUGGGAUUAUGACAAGCACAUUUGGGUGUGAUUGUCACGUGUCCACAUACUUUUGGCCAUACAGUGUACUUUUGGUGUCACUUUAGCGUCAUCUUGUAAUUGACCUUUUCACUGAUUUUAUUAUACAUAGAUUUGUUUUAAGCAAAUAUCAACCCUUUAACUAACUAAUUCUACAGGGAUAUACAGGGUUAAAUAAAUGUUUAAAUGCA